GGGCCGGCCAUCUUGUGUGGGCAGCAGAGAAGCACGUAGGGGGUGGGCCGGGGCCUGGGCAGCAUCGGAGGAGGAUCCCACCCAAAGGGGUCCAUCAUGCCCGGACACCUGCAGGAAGGCUUCGGUUGCGUCGUCACCAACCGCUUUGACCAGCUCUUGGACGACGAAUCCGACCCCUUCGAGGUGAUCCAGGCGGCCGAGAGCCGCAAGAAAGAGAGCACUGGUGGGGGCGGCGGCGGCCACCAAGGCAGCCGCGGCGGCGGAGGCGGGCAGGCGGCCCAAACCAAUUCAUCCUCGGGUGGCGGUUCGAGCCAGGUCGGUUCCGGCGGAGGGAGCGGCAGCGCGGCCAAGCAGCUGCGCAGGGAAUCUCAGAAGGAGCGCAAGAACCCGUUGCCGCCCUUCGCCUCCUCGACUGGGCCUGGAGGCGCCGGGGACCGGAGAGAGGAUGGAGGCGGGCAGCCUGGCUCCGCGCCUCUCAGGAAGGAAGGGAUAAGACGAAUUGGCAGAAGGCCUGAUCAGCAACAGCCUCAGGGAGAGGGCAAGCCUAUUGAGAGGAGGCAGGAGAGACGGCCUCCUCGUGAACGACGAUUUGACAAACCUGCUGAAGAAAAGGGUGAAGGAGGAGAAUUUUCUGUUGAUAAACCUAUUAUUGAUCGUCCUAUGCGUGGCCGUGGUGGUCUUGGAAGAGGUGGUCGUGGUGGAAGAGGACGUGGAAUGGGCAGAGGAGAUGGCUUUGACUCUAGAGGCAAACGUGAAUUUGAUAGGCAUAGUGGAAGCGACAGAUCUUCUCUUUCACAUUCACAUUUCAGUGGUCUAAAACACGAAGACAAGCGUGGCGGGAGUGGAUCACACAACUGGGGAACUGUCAAAGAUGAAAUGACUGACUUGGAUCAAUCACAUGCAACAGAGGAAACACCAGAAGGAGAGGAACAUCCCCCUGCUGACUCGGAAAACAAGGAAAAUGAAGUAGAAGAAGUUAAGGAAGAAGGCCCUAAAGAAAUGACUCUUGAUGAAUGGAAAGCUAUUCAGAAUAAGGAUCGCGCAAAAGUCGAAUUCAACAUCCGUAAACCAAAUGAAGGUGCUGAUGGACAAUGGAAAAAAGGCUUUGUUCUGCACAAGUCAAAGAGUGAGGAGACAAAGGGGAUGUCAGAAAUGCAGGGGAGUCAGCUGGAACCCAAUGAGGCUCAUGCUGAGGACUCUGUAAUGGAUCACCAUUUCCGCAAGCCAGCAAAUGAUAUCACGUCCCAACUGGAGAUCAAUUUUGGGGAUCUUGGUCGUCCUGGGCGUGGUGGUAGAGGUGGAAGAGGCGGUCGUGGGCGUGGGGGAAGGGCUAACCGUGGAAGCAGAACUGACAAGUUGGUUAAAGAGUUUGAUGUGAUCCACACACCCAACCAGUCAAGUGCUUCUGCUCCUGAUGUUGAUGAUCCAGAAGCUUUCCCGGCUUUAUCCUAAAUUGGAUGCCCUAAGCCAACCCUGCCUCUUGUUGGGCCCUUCUCUACAAGGCUUGCAUGCUUAAGGAUCCUAAAAACAACUUAAGAUAUUAAAACGGGGACUCUCAUUCAUGCCAUUCACACCUGAAGACUGAAUUUUACCUGUUUUGAAAUGAACUUCUCUUGCUACACAGAAGCAACAAUAUGGUAGUCAGUUUUGUAUUUAGAAAUGUAAUGGUAGCAGGGAUGUUUUCAUAAUUUUUUUCAGAAAUUAUGCAUUCUUCAUGGAUACUUUUUUGUAUUGCUGCUUGAAAAUAUGCGUUUCCAAACUUGAAAUAUAGGUGUGAACAGUGUGUACCAGUUAAAGCUUUCACUUCAUUUAUUUUAUUUUUAAAAAAUUAGGGUUAGAUGUGCUUUCCCUAAACUACAAACAAUUUUAACUCUUGCACACUAUUUCUUUUAAUACUGCUUAGCAGAUGGUUUUCAGUCCACGGUCAGCUGGGAUAUGUAUAAAAAUAAUAUGGAAAAUUGUUAGUACUGUGUGGAAUACUAACUUCUGGAGUAUUUGAGUUUUUAAUACUUAAGUCAAACUCGGAAAGUCCAUUUUCUUCUAUCUUUGGUAGUUUGUGUAUUCAAAAUCUUUAUACAAAAUUGAUAUCAGAUACUUGAAAAAUAGUCAAAGCACAUUGGUUUAUAUUCUCAAUACCUGCUUGUGAAUCCAGCAGCUCUGGUUGGAUAAUUGGCCUAAGCCAUUUUUUUAAAAAACAAUCCAUGUUGCACCUCUCAUUCACCCUUUUUCUUCAAGAAAACUAGUUGUCUGUUUGGUAAACUUUGUUUAAACUUGUUAAUAUUGUUGCUACCAAAAAUAUUCUGUAGAGUGGAGCAACUUUUUUUCAAGACAUGGAAGGUUGGGAACACAGUGGUAUCUUAUUUCUUAAUAUAGUUGGUUUAAACUACAGUUGAUACUGUGUGGCAGUGCUGUAAAUCUACAUUAAAAUGCACCCCCUUGGGCGCAUUUAAACACUGUUCCACUAGCAUGCAACCCUGAUUCUGAAGAAGAAACCAAAGGGCACUGUAUACUUCUUGGGAAAGGAUUAUUUGACUUGUUUAAAUUGGAAAACCAAGACCAUGAAAGUGGGACAGCAGUGGUCUGCGUGGGACAUAAGCCAAACUUUACCACCCGAUUGAAAUGUGGAUCUUGCUCUAUUGCUUCAGCUUUUGGCCUUGCCUAGCUGAGAAGUGAAUGUUUUAUUUUUGGUGUGAGGAGUGAUUGUAAGCUCUCCUUUCCACUGUAGAAUUUUCUUAAUAUUUUAAUUUAACCCUUGUGAAAGAGUGUGUUACCACUUUCAAAAUAUGAAAGGACUUGAGCAAAUAAUAAAAAAGGACUACUUUGCCUUUCUGUCUACAACACUUGUUAGGAGAUUAGAACUGAAAUAUCCAUUUAUUUCAAGGUUUUGCUGAGUAUCUAGUACAAUUGGUGGGUUUCUUAAGGAAAUGGAAACAUUACCCCAUUUAAAAAAAAUAUGGAAGGGAGGGCAAAAAGUAUUGAACUAAAGCGUAAACAGUAUUGAGGUAAUGCAUUAUCUGAAUGAUUUUUGUGAACAUUUUAUUUAUGUAUGCAAGGGUUACAUUACAUUGAAUCGGAUUCUUGAUGCGUUUAAAUUUCAACUGUGAUCAGGAAGUAUGGAUGGAGAAGCAGAUUUUUAAAUGAAUCCAGUAUUUGCCUUCAAUGAAGAUUUUUAAGCACAUAUACCCUUCACCCUUCUUCCUACCCCAAUUUAUUGGUUCUUAGUUUCCCGAUUAUAAUUUUGGAGGUAGUCACAUUCCUUAAGAGGUUACAUAUGUUACUAGGUCCCUUGGUUGUUUCCCAUCUAAAUGCAUCUCAUAGCACAGAUUAUUUUGGAAGAUACUGCGUGUUGUCUAUCCUUAAAAAAACUAUUCCCAUUUCCUGCACACAUGCUAAUGUCCAAAUAACAUACUUAUUAAAUAGUAUGUUACUGUUCGUGAAUACUCCCUAUCUAACUCUUUUUUUGACUUCCAGGCUUUAAUUCUGGACAGCCAUAUAUCCCAUGCAAUGCCAGUUUGGUACUUGACGUGACAUCUUCAUCUUCUAGUAUACUUGUAAUAUAGAGCAAAUUUAGAAAUGCUGUUUAAAGAUGGCAAAUUUGCUGGCUUUUAAUAGCUGUGUACUUAAUUUGUGUUGAGCUGUGAAAAUGCUUUCAUUAAUAUUGGUACAUAUUAGCAAAGUAAAGGUUUAUUUUCAUGCUCUUUUACAAAAAUGCUAUUAAAUUGGCAUUGUAAAUGUUUUCAGUGCCAGGCAUCUUGCCUAAUUUCUAGCUGAAACCAUCUACAUGUCUUUUCCAUGGAAUGGUCCCCUUGUGGUGGAUCCAUUAGCAGUUUUGAGCAUAGCUUUAGCAAAUAACUACUCGCAUACUUAAUAUUAGCUAUUAAAUGGAUUGGGGUUUGUAUCUCUUAUUCUCUUGCUUGUUUGUGUUGCUAUUGCACCUUUUUUUAGAACGAGCCUCCUUUAAAAUGUGAUACUAAUUAUGAUUGAUUUAUUAAAUAUUUGAGCAUGAAAGUUCAUCUUGUACCAGACUACCGGCAGAAAAGUUAAAAUGAGUAAAAUGAGAGAGCACAAGCCCUUGUAAAGUAACCCUAAACAUUAAAAAACUAUGUCUAUGGUGAAUAUACAUUUUGUUGGACAGAUACUGCAUCUGAUUGGAUGAUUACAUUUUGCCCUGAAAUUUACAUGCCAUCCUGUUGACUUAAUAAAAAGCAGGACAGGCUUUUGGCUGUCUUGAGUGCUCAAAAUUUAGAUACAUAUCCACUUUUGAUGAAUAAUACUAGUUAAAUUGCUAACUGCGAAAUUACUGGUAAGAAAAUUAGGGACUGAUAGUGAACUUCCCACCCCUGACAACUUGAUUUGAAAUGUAAUGCUUUUAUUUUUGAAGGUGAGAUAUAUGGUGAUCUUAUAUUUUAACAAAUGUGAGCUAAAAGUCUUCAUCCACAUCUGACAUAAAGGUAGAUUAGUUGCUUAAAAAACAAUUGCUUUACCCUUCUCUGCAAUUUCAGAGGAGGUUUAAAGAGUUAUGAAUAGCAAUGGGGAGCAUCAGAGGAAAUAUCUGAAGAUGGGGAGAUUGGCUGUGCUUCAGAUGCAUUGAAUAUAUGAGAGUGCUGAUAUUAAGUUACUUCAUAACUUAAUAUUUGAAGUGCUUGCCUCAAUUUUGCAAUUUAAUAUUUUGUUUAUUUGAAGGUUAAAUGCUCUGAAUGACAAAUGAGAAGAGUUUUUUCAAAAUAUAUUUUAGCUCUUUUCUGUACGUAACAUGAAAAAAAUUAAAUAGGUGGGCAGAGUGCAAGUAAACUACUUUUUAAAAAAUUGCUUUGGAAGUGGAGGAAAAAAAUUGAAUCGUAAGGUCCCAUUGGGUUGGUGGUGGGGAAAUAGGAUAGAAUGAGUCACGAAUUAAAUUAUUCAGAACAUAUCCCCUGUAAUAGGUUAACAAUGUUUGCAAAUAUUUACAAGGGUCAUUAUCCCUGUAUUUUAGAAAUUAUUUCUGGACAUUCUGUGGCCUUAAUCUUGAAAAGCAAAUACUAGUGCAUGUUUUCUUGUCAGUUAAACAGUGCUGUAUAUUACAAUUGAUUGUAUGAAGUGCACUUAGUCUUAUAUACAGAUCUGUCCUUCGAUAAUGUCGUAUUUGUUAUCUUCCAUAUUUGAGAGAAUGGAACAGCCUGCAUUUUAUGAAAUUUGUAAUCUGAUCCUAUACAUACUCCCAUUUUAAUGAGAUUUUAACUGAUGCUUAAAAGUGCAGCUGUUUUGAAUGGGUAGGUUUGUUACAUAGGUUUCAAUCCCACAUAGAAUAAGUCCCAAUAAACGAAGAAUGCUUUGUCUGUUUCUAAUAGAUGUAGCAAAACUAUAAUGGGCUCUGUUCUGUUCAUGCAGAAGGUUAUUUCAGAUUACUGCUCAAUUUCAAGUUGGUUUAAAAUACCACUCUGCCUCCAACUGAUAGAAUUAAUUUUAAUGAAGUUAUUUUGCUUUUUUUAAUUUUAUUUUUAUUAUUUUUGUUUCUGGUACAUUUGUAGAAUUGGAUGUUAUGGAUCAAUAGUAGUUUAAUCACAGAUUUAUUCCUGUGAAUGCCUCAUAAAAUGCAAAAGAUGGUUUCAUCCAGCUUGCCCUGGAUUCACAAGUUCACAAAGUUUUUCCCCUAAAAACCACAAUUUUGAUCAUCCAAGAAAAAUGGCUAAUACUUUCAACAUUUAUAUAAAUGA